GAAAUUCAGUCUGCAACCAACAGUGUUGGCGCAAGGCCAGCUUCGACAGCUAAAAUUAUUUUAAUCAUUACAUAAUAUAUUUCACUUCAUAUAUGAAAAACAUAUAUAAAAAGUCUGAAUAUAAAUAUCAUAGUCUCAAAAUAUAUAAGUUUAUCAACGACCCCCUACGCCACAUAUUAAUUUGUUUCUCAACCAAAAAUAUUUCAUAUAAGUAGUGUUAAAUCUUCGUUAGUCUAUCAAAUUAAUAAUAUAAUUAACCAAGUGAUUUAAAUAAGAAUAGAAUAGAAGUUAGAAAUGUCCAAAUUGAAUUUGGAUGGAUUCUUUUCUUACUGCAAGCAAAUUGCUGGCCAGAUCCAGUUGGGCGAAAGAAUGGCAGCUCUGUCGGGUCAAGGCACUCCGAAAUUAACCUCAGCUGUGGGCAACUUGUAUUAUGAUUCCAUCCUGCCGUACCGCGAGGAUGCCAACACGCAAACCCGGGAGUUCCUGGCGCGUGUGGUGGACGUGCUCCUGGACUACGUGCAGCAGGUCAACGACCGCAACGAGAAGAUAUUAGAGUUCAAAAUGCCGCAGGAGAUGGAGAAGCUGUUAGACCUGGAGCUGCGUGACGAGCCACUGCCUCUCAAGCAGCUACUGGAAGACUGCAAGAUCACCCUCAAGCAUCAGGUCAAAACUGGCCACCCGCACUUCUUCAACCAGCUGUCCUCCGGGCUGGACAUCAUCUCCUUGGCCGGGGAGUGGCUGACAGCGGCCGCCAAUACCAACAUGUUCACGUACGAAAUCGCGCCCGUCUUUAUCCUGAUGGAGAACGUCGUGCUGCACAAGAUGAGGGAGAUUAUCGGCUGGAACUGCGGGGAUUCUAUAUUGGCACCGGGUGGUUCCGUGUCCAACCUGUACGCGUUCCUGGCAGCACGGCACCAUAAGUUCCCGCAGUACAAGGAGAAGGGGCUCACCAGCAUUCCUGGACACCUCGUCAUGUUCACCUCCGACCAGUGCCAUUACUCCGUGAAGUCCUGCGCCUCGGUCUGCGGCCUCGGCACCGACUACUGCAUCUGCGUGCCUUCAGACGAGCGCGGGCGCAUGAUCCCCACCGAGCUGGAGCGACUGGUGCGGUACCAUAAGGACCGCGGCGAUGUACCCUUCUUCGUGAAUGCCACGUCAGGCACCACGGUGUUGGGGGCCUUCGACCCGCUCGUGGAGAUCGCCGACAUCUGCCAGAAGUACAACAUGUGGAUGCACGUUGACGCCGCCUGGGGUGGUGGACUUCUGUUUUCCAAGAAGUACAGGCACCCUCGGCUCACUGGCAUCGAGAGAGCUGACUCCGUGACCUGGAACCCUCACAAGCUGAUGGGGACACUGCUGCAAUGCUCAACGGUCCACUUUAAGUAUGAGGGCAUCCUCCUGUCCUGCAACGCGAUGUCGGCCGAGUACCUCUUCAUGACGGACAAGAUCUACGACCCGCGCUACGACACCGGCGACAAGGUCAUCCAGUGUGGCCGGCACAAUGAUAUCUUCAAGCUGUGGCUGCAGUGGAGGGGCAAGGGUACUUCCGGCUUCGAACGCUUGAUGGACCGGCUCAUGGAGCUGUCAGAGUACAUGGUGCGCCGCAUCAAGGAGCAGCCGGACAAGUUCCACUUGAUCCUGGAACCGGAGCUGGUCAACGUGUCCUUCUGGUACCUGCCCAAACAGCUGCGCUCGCUGCCACAUGAUAGGAACAAGGAGAUCCGACUGGGGAAGGUGUGUGCCAAGUUGAAGGGCAACAUGAUGCAAGCUGGCACCAUAAUGGUGGGCUACCAGCCUGACGACCGUCGCCCCAACUUCUUCCGAAACAUCAUAUCAUCCGCUGCCGUCACCGAGAAGGAUGUAGACUUUCUGCUCUCGGAGAUGGACCGUCUGGGCCAAGAUAUCGUUGUGGAUUAAAUUGAUUGAUUCGGGCGCGGUGCGAGGACGUUCUUCUUUUUAAAAUUUUUGUUCUUUUUUUAAUUUAAAUCAGGCACUACUGUUUAAAAAAUUACUAGUGUUCGUUUUAAUCAAACACGUUCCAUUUGACUUGCCAAUUUUUUUUUUUUUUUUGGUAUUUACCUAAAGCAGGCGCGUUAUUUAUAAAAAGUCCGUUACGUUACGUCCGUUGCACGGAUUUGAAACUUUGUUUUUUUUUUUUUAAUAAUGUUAUUAUAGAGGCAUAAUAAUAUUUCAUAUGUAAUACAUGAGAGACAGACAGAUUAUUUCAGAAUAUUUCCUUAUUUGUGCUUACAAAGUUAGCGCAUUUCAUUUUCUUGUAGGAAAAGAUAUUUUAGUUUAUUACUUAUGUUUUGUUUUUAGCAAUAUGGUGUCUCGAUCAUAUCAUCAUUAAUGCAUACACUUUUCGUUAAUGUUUUAAUGCAAGAAUACUCAAACUCGACUAUAGUAUAAAUACUUACGUAAACAUUAGUCUUUAGCCAUUAAAAGUAUUCGAUUUUUUAAAGUCACCCGCCCUUGCACCGCAUUUCGUAUCGGAAAAAAAGGUAGUUUUUCUUAGUCUAUAAAAUCUCUGUUUCACGUAAACAUGUCUAGAAAAAUGUAUGUAUGGAAUUGAAUUAUGAGUAUGUUCAGAAUUUUUGUCUUGACAUAAAGAUGUAUCUUAACUGUCCGAGCGAAUGAUAUUCAAUGUAAUAGUAGAUUAAUAUUUCGUGUCUAGUUAAAGGAACAUGGAAAUAUUUUUUAAUCAAUUUAACUGUUCCCGUCGAUAAUCGAGUUAAUCAGUGUUGUUAUAAUCGAUAUUCAUCUGUCAUUAGUGUUGCUAAAUUAAAUCGACUUCCCAUUAAUCGACUGACUCGAUUGUUGUAUAAUCUAUGUAUAAUUAAACAACGAUUAAUAAAUGUAUUUGAUGGUCCAGUUAUACUUGUCUUCCCGUUUGUAAAACAAAAUAUAUAUUAUUUUUAGUUUCGGUCGCUUAAAUAAAGAUAUUUGAUCGAUUUUCUAUAAGAAAAUCAAGAAACCGUCUUGGAAUAUAUAAUUAUUUAUUUAUAUAAUGUAUACAAAAUAAUAUAUUAUAUCUGCGUUGUUGUUAUUCUAUAUUAAUGACAAUGAAAAUAUAUUUUCUGUAAACGUGUAGGGCUUUAGCUACUUCUAAGAAAACAUAAAUUUAACUAAAUUAUAUAAAUGUUAUUAAUCUAUGUCAAACAUAAGUAUAUUCCAAUAUACGUACAUAAAUAAAUACUUAGUUCAACGAUUUAUAUUAUUAACUGUUAAAAAAUCCUCUUUUUAUUAAAAAAAGGAGAAAAGUAGAUAUA